AAGCAAAAUAAAGGGAAGCCACUCUAAUUAGACAGUCACAAGGAGGAGGGAGAGAAAUUUAGAUUUGUAAGAAAAAGAUUGAACUUCAUCCUAUGAGUGGAGAAGCUAGCACAACAGGGGAGGUAAUCCCAAAUGAAUUAGAAGGGGAGACAAAUAUUGGAGACACAGUGCUAGAAAUUGAAAAUAAAGAUGAGACAAGUGAUGCAAUUACAGAAAUGGAGGAGAAAGAAGAGGAGGAGGACUGUAUCUCUAUAGACCCUGCUAUCAUAGAGAAACUCAGCAUCGGAACCCUCGGACACUACCUACCCAACCUACAGAAAUCCAAAAGCUCACUCAAUGAAAUCCUGCAGAAUCAGGGUAUACUGAUUGAGACGAUACAACAGGAAAAAACCAAGUUUGAGGAGUGUAAGGCCAUGGAGGACCUCAUAGAGACGAUGGCCCAAGCCAAAAAGUAUUAUGCCAAAUUGACCAACAUAAGGAAGGAUAUGCAGUCCUUGUCGGAGCGAUCCUUUAAACUCAAGAAAAGGGCUUUAAAGCUACAACAGCAGAAAGCAAAGGAGGAGAUGCAGAGAGAACAACAAAGGGAGAGAGAACAGGACCGGGAGAGGAUGCUCACAGCGAAAGUCGCAAAGAAAACGUCCGAGGUGUCGUAGUGCCAGCUCCUAGCUCAUGCUUCAUACCUUGAGAUGUUCCCCACUGUUGGUAGCAGCAGAGGGUAUUGAAAACAACAAACUAGAAAUUGUUUUGAGAGAAAUAUGGCUGUGAUAUCGUUACAACAACUCUGAGCUUGUUUCUGGUGGCCUGGUUUCCAAGAUGAAGCAUUUGUAUUUUGAUGAAACAUUCUUGUGAAAUCAGAGUACAGUUAUGAAAUGAACUUUGCCUUUUUCUAGUGCAAAAGCAAAUUAUGGUAACUUUUAGGAUACAUUCACGUAUCCGGUUGAACCUGUAAAGAAAACGACAGGCACAGAUCUGGACCGAGGCUGACCUCAGGAAAAUAUGGCACGUGUAGAUUGAGUGGUCCAGACGUACCUGAC